CUCCAACUAUAAAUCUCUUCCUCUCUCUCUUGUCUAUCUAAGAAACAAUGGACAUAUCAAGUGCUCAAAAAAUAGUUCUCGUGUCACUGAUAUGUUCUCUGUUUCCAGUGAUUUAUGGCUGGGGAAUUGAUGGUCACUACGCAGUUUGCAAAAUUGCUCAGCCACUGUUGAAUGAAGCUGCAGCAGAUGCUGUCAAACAAUUACUUCCUAAGUCUGCGGAUAAUGAUUUGGGAAGUAUGUGUUCAUGGGCAGAUAGGGUUAAAUUCAGAUAUCACUGGUCAUCCCCACUUCAUUACAUUGAUACACCUGAUUCUCUCUGCACCUAUCAAUACAACAGGGACUGCAAGGAUGAAGACGGAGAAAAAGGAAGGUGUGUUGCAGGGGCAAUAAACAAUUACACUGAUCAACUUCUCAGCUACAGAACCUCAACAUUUUCUCAAGCCAAUCAAUAUAAUCUAACAGAAGCUCUUUUAUUCCUUUCUCAUUUCAUCGGCGAUAUCCACCAGCCAUUACAUGUGGGUUUUACUUCAGACAGGGGUGCGAAUACUAUUGAUGUUCAUUGGUACAGGAGAAAAACAGUUCUUCACCAUGUAUGGGAUAAUAGCAUCAUUGAGACAUCCGAAGAAAGGUUUUAUGAUGGAAGUGUAGAUGACCUGAUCAAUGCUAUUCAGAGAAAUAUUACGGGUCCAUGGGCAGACCAAGUACCAAAAUGGGAGAAAUGCAGCCUCAAUAAGACUACUUGCCCAGACAUAUAUGCAUCUGAAAGUAUCAAAGCUGCAUGUGAAUGGGCAUACAAAGAUGUCAGCGAGGAUUCAGUACUAGAAGAUGACUAUUUCCUAUCCCGGUAUCCUGUGGUCAACAAGCGCCUAGCUCAAGGUGGAGUCCGUCUGGCAGCCACACUCAACCGUAUUUUUUCAUGAAUAUCAAAUAAUGUAAACCAAUUAUUAAUGCUCCUUGUAACGAAGAAGAUAAUAUACUAUCUAUAUUAAUACAUAAAGCAAGGAGGUUUUUCGUCUUAAG